GGGAAGUCAGUAGAAGAAAAAAAAAGGGUGAAAUUAAGGAGGUAAAACAUUUCGAUUAAUACGCUAGCGUCAUUAAGCUGGCUAAUUUUUAAAUAAUAUAUAUAGCUAGCUCUCAUUCGAGAUGUCUGAAAGAAGACUCGUUAAGGUUACAGAAGUGGAACCGGACCCCGGAGACAUCCAUAUGAUGAAUGCCGUAAUGGAUUUUGUAAGAGGAAACUCUCACGGGCUAAACGUUGGAUUUCUUGGUUUGGAUUUUGUAACCCAUGAAUAUUACACGGGUGAAGACUGUUAUGAUGACGGCAAUUAUGAAGACCACCAUGGCAGAAAGUCAUACUGUGGAUUUUCCAGAAACUUCUUAGCCAAACCAAGCCCUUCAAACCAACCCACCUCUGUGCGUUACAAUCAGCCACCUAAAGCACCCUCCAAACCAUCUCCAGUUAAUCAUGCAGAGAAAGCUGCUGAGCUAUUAGAAGAGAAACGAAAGAGCAAAUUAAAGGCUGAGAAGAAGCGGAUGAAGAAAAUUAAACAAAGGGAAAGAAGACUGCUUGAGAAGUUAGAGAAAGAGAAACAGAACCCAGUUAAAGAAGUCAAGCUUGAUGCAGAGGAGAGUAAAGGAAAAGAGAAGUGUAACAAGACUGGUACCAGCGCUAAAGGGACCCUCGCUCAGGGCAUGCAGGACUUGUCUGUUACGGAUAGCGGAGACAGCAGCGGAGAGUCCAGCGACGAUGAGGACAGUGAAGAGGAGAGCAACUCGGACGAACUGCAACUGGAUAUGACCAGCAGUUUUGUAUCCAAGGCUGCUGAAAUAGCGAAGCGUCAACUUGAACAGAAGCCAGAAUGGAAGGUGAAAAAUAAGUGUCAAACGAAGGAGAAACCAAAUGACGAACGGAAAGAUGUACAAAAGAAAUCUCCUGUACCCAACACUGAAGAUAUAGUUAAAAGAAGUACAGAGCUGGCUGUAAUUGGUAAUCAGUUUGCCAGCGGUGGACAUUUUGACAUGGCUGUUAAGUAUUUUACGGAUGCAAUUAAGUACAACCCCGCAGAGUUUAGGCUGUUUGGCAACCGGUCCUUCUGUUAUGAGAAGAUGCAGGAAUAUGAGAAAGCCCUUGCUGAUGCAGAGUUAGCCCUCAACAUGAGUCCCGGCUGGGUCAAAGGCCUUUACAGAAAGGGCAGAGCUCUGGCUGGGCUGAAGAGAUACGACGAAGCCGCCCAGGCCUUAAAGGAAGUGCUGCAGCUGGACGGUUACUGUGCAGAUGCCGCCCAGGAACUAAUGAGGGUUCAAAUAACACAGCUAAUGGAGUUUGGCUUUUCUCGGGAGCAGAGCUCAAAUGCCUUAAUAAUUCACGGGACCGUGGAGAAAUCACUUGAGGCACUGUCCAAAAUAUCUGGAAUCCUCUAUAAUGGCCGUUACCCAACUGCAAGUGUUGCCCAUCCUGCCAAAGUGGACAGUGCCUACAGCGUCUCCAGAACAUCAGCGUUCCCUUCAGACCCAAAACCUCGUCAGGCCCAACAUUCACCAAGCCUCCAGGACAAGCCCAAGUCCAACACCCCUGCAAUGACAAUGUCGGAAAACUUUUCUGUAGAAACUAAAUUAUACCCUAUUUGGGUUGGAAACUUGGUCCCUUCAGGAACGGAGGCUAUGAUUAAAGAGAUAUUUGAGGGAGCUGGGAAGAUUCAUAGUAUUAAGCUUCUGCGUGCCAGACGAUGUGCCUUUAUUAACUACUUUGACCCAGAAUGUUGUGAGAUCGCUCUGAAGUUUCACGGGAUGGAGAUCAAUGGGACCAAGAUCUCUGUGCGUUACCCCGACAGGAACCCAACACACCUGGGCAUAGCCAAGGACGCCCAGAAAGCUGUGGACCUGCCUUCCAAUAGCACAAAGGAGUGCUUCUUCUGGAGGAACCAGGGCUGCGACAGGAGGCCCAACUGCCCCUACAGGCACAUCCAAACACACAAGGGCGUUGACAGGGGCAAGGGCAAAACCUCAGCUCAGUGACCCGUCAACCUCAACUGGCCCACGGUCAAUAAACUCGUGACUUACAGCUGCUGAAGAGGCUACUCAUUCAGGAGUUUAGGUGGUUCAUAUUAUGCUUUUUUUUUUUUUAAGCAGUGUUUCCCAAACAUUGCACACCAUUUUGGAUUGAGGCUCAUUCCUAGUGGGAUUAAAAGGCUUUUAGAGGCCAAAAAUGUUUGGUUUUAUGUACAUGGUUUAUUUUUCAGAUGUAAAUUGGUCAAGACACUAAGAUGUUUUUGGAACAGGCAAUCUUGUUGGGCACCUUUUUGCCUACCCUGUCUACACCAAAUGUUAGCUCUUGCUAAAUCCCAUAUGAUGGAUCAUAUUGGAGAAAUGUCACUAAUGACUCUGCCUCAUCUGCGAUGAAUUCAGUGGUACUCUCUGCUGCCUGCUAAUUAUGAAUGUGUUAAUAUAUAAAAAAAAAUGUGGGAUCGUGUUUUACACCUAAUAAGUAUAAAGUCAUUCUGUGUUAAUCAUUA